UCCUUGUCUUUCCUCUUUGUAAUUAUUUAACCUUAAUAAACCAACUUUUCUCUUUGUAACAGUCGUUUUACCCAUCUCUAAUCUUGAUCUCCCCAAGAUCAUCACCUCUUUAAUUCGGUUGUUACAAAAGAAUUGUAUUUUCAUUUCAUAAUAAUCCUCAAUUUUUCUGGUUUUUUUUUUUUUUAAUAAUUAGUCGUUAAUCACCAUCAUUAUCGUCUCGUCAUGGGUUUUCUAGAUAAACUCUGGGACGAAACGCUUGCCGGACCGGCACCGGAGUUCGGGCUAGGCAAACUGCGCAAGGCCAAGACGUUUCAAGACCGCCCCGCCGGCGUGACGCCUCUGUCUGUAUCUUUCGGUGAUCCGCCCGCCUCGGCCCCCGCCACCCCCGCCGCCGGUGAUCAGAUCCCGGUUUCUCGGAGCAUUUCUAUCAUCCGCCGCGGCAACUCCGCUUCCCCUGGCUUCCACGCCGUCGAUUCUCCCGGCUCCGGCCCAUCUUCCCCGGCCACCUCUACCCCCACCACCACUCCCACCUCCCCAUUUUCACCGAGUACGCCUGGUGGGAUUAAUCACAAGAAAUUGGCAAGGAGGAAUACAACUCCAACUGGCUACGACUGGAUUGUUAUGAGUGCUUUGGAUCGCUGAACGGGUAAAGUCAACUCAGAAUUUCUGUAUCUUCUUGAACUUCGGAUCAGUUAAAACCCUUACUUUUUGCUGAUCUUGUGGUGACGUGUCCGAGACUUUCUAGUCUCGUUUUAUUUUCCUUUUUCUAUUUAGGAAAAAUGUAUUUUCUCGAUCUCGUUAUAAGUCGGGUUGAGAAAAUAUCCCACCUAAUAUAAUAUGUAAAUAUUAUAUAUAUAUAUAUAGUAUAGUAUGUGAUUAAGGAUGUGUACUGUGUGAAAGUACACUGUAAAUAUGUGUGAGUGAUUAUAUAUGUAUGUAUAUGUGAGUGUUAGAGGUUAUGAAGAGGAAUCAUGAGCUGAUUGAGCUCGUAGGAUAUAUACGAGGAAGUUGUGAUCGAUGUGGCAUAAAUAAGUAGUAGAUCGGAAGAGUUUGCUGCUUAGCUUGAAGAUGGAAGACCAGACCAGCUCCCGGCGGCGCGUGGCUGGAGACCGGCCGGAGCGUGUGUUUGUUUCUGUUUUUUUGUGUUUAUGUUUUGUCCUUUUUGUAAUGAAAUGCAUUAUUGUGCAUGAAAUUAUAGCUGCUGAAGCUUAUAUUCUCA